AUGCUCUUGUUUGAUCUGCCAAACGAGAUCAUUAUUCUUAUCGCCAAGUUCAUCGAUGACAAGCGCUCCCUUGAUGCGCUGGCAAAGACGAACCGGAGUCUCUACCCCGUUGCUAACGAGGUUCUGUACAUCCGCAAUGCCCGUCAUGAAAGAAGCUCGGCCAUCGUAUGGGGUGCUGAGAACGCCGUCACCGGAACGGUCCUGAUGGCGCUGGAUUUUGGCGCGAAUAUCAAUGCCAUGGAUCCAAUUCGUCGAACUCCCUUGCACAUUGCCGCGGAGCAGGGAAACCUGGAGUUGAUCAAAAUCUUGCUCGGCCGCGGAGCUGACACGAACGUGCCGGACAGAAAUGGGUAUACCCCACUGUUCUGGACCAUCAAAGGGCGCGAUAUCGAAUUUGCCCGUCUCCUGCUGAAACACAACGCCAACCCCAAUUGGGCAUGCAUUGAUGGCUGGUCACCGAUACAUACGGCUAGCAUCGGUGACGACUUUGUCCGGCUCCUGCUCGAAUACGGCGCCAAUCCCGGGGCAAAGGACCGUUUUGGCAAUACGCCCUUGAACAUAGCUGUCAACACUGGGCCUGAACAAGAGAUUGUGGUUCGACUCCUCCUUCAGGCUGGAGCUAGCACCGAAGUCAUGGACCGCCGGGGCCAAAGACCCCUCACAAAGGCUGUACUCCGCCACCAUCUUGGCCUGGUGCGCCUUCUACUCAGCCAUGGGGCUGAUAUCACCGCACCAAUAAAUACCACUGAAGACACUCUGCUUCAUAUGGCUGUGGAAAAGAGCACCUUCGAAAUGGUUCGAUUGCUCCUCCACCAUGGACCUCGUGCCGACUUCGUGAACCAAUACAUGGAGACUCCUCUGCACCUGGCAGCCAGGAAGGGACGGAAAGACAUGGCCCAGAUUCUGCUUGAGUACGGUGCACAGGUGAAUCUCAAGAACAUUGAUGGUGAUACCCCUUUGAUACUAGCGGCAUGCACGAGUCAUGGACCUCUGGUUGAGUUGCUGCUUCAGAACGACUCAGAUCCGAUUUACCGUGAAUUUUUUUCCCGAACCUCGCUUUGUGAUUAUGGCAGUCCACAGGCCAUAGAAUUGUUGGAGCAGAGGGGUCUCUCGGGUACACGGCUGGCUCAGCUUGCACAACGAAAAGUACGAUCAUGUUGA